CUCCACCCACCCCUCCCACACAAAUCGAAGGCCUCUGAACCUAACCACCUUAAGGGAGCGACAGCCAGACAGAACUGACCCACUUCUGCCAAGACCCAUCCUCAUCUUCCUUUCUGGUGAAUGAGGAGUGGUGGUGGAUGUCUUCUAGCCCUGGGUGGACAGAGGGGCUUCCAGAAAGAGCGGAGGAGGAUGGCCAGUGGGAAUGGGUUUCCUUCAUCCUUGGCCCUGGUGGCCAAGCGCCCCUGCGCCCUGGGCCCAUUCCCCAGAUACAUCUGGAUCCACCAGAACACACCCCAAGACAGCCUAGACAAGACUUGCCAUGAAAUCUGGAAGAGAGUUCAAGGCCUACCUGAAGCCUCACAGCCCUGGACCUCCAUGGAGCAGCUCUCUGUCCCCGUGGCUGGAACUCUAAGAGGCAAUGAGCUCAGCUUUCGAGAAGAAGCUCUGGAGCUCAGCAGUGGCAAAGAUGAGAUCUCCUUGUUGGUGGAACAGGAGUUCCUGAGCCUCACUAAAGAGCACUCGAUCCUGGUCGAAGAGAGUUCUGGGGAGCUGGAGGCACCAGGCAGCUCUCCUGAGGGCACCAGAGAGCUGGCUUCCUGCAUUCUUGCCCCUCCUCUAGCGGCAGGCAGUAGUGAGCGCCCCAGAGCCUCCAUGAUUGUUGGAGACAAGCUUCUGAAGCAGAAGGUGGCCAUGUCCGUUAUCAGCAGCAGGCAGGACUGUGAUUCUGCCACGUCUACUGCCACAGACAUUCUGUGUGCCGCCAAGGUCAAGAGCAGCAAGGGGACAGAGGACAGGGGCCACAUCUUGGGUGACUCCAACUUGGAGGUCAGCAAGCUUCUGUCCCAGUUCCCACUGAAGUCCAUUGAGACAUCCAAGGCCCCCGACAACAAGAGGGUGCUGAAGGAGACAAGAGUCACCAAGGACUUCCUACAGGACAACCUGUUCGGUGGCUCUGAACCCAAGGAGCCCACAGGGCUGAGCCCAUUUCUGCUGUUUCCUCCCCCACCUCCUCCUGCACCCCCUGACAAGCUCCCUGAGCUCCCUGCUCAGAAGAGGCAGCUCCCAGUGUUUGCCAAGAUCUGUUCCAAGCCCGAGGCUGACCCUGCUGUGGAGAGGCACCACUUGAUGGAAUGGAGCCCUGUCACCAAGGAGUCAACAAAGGGUCAGGAGAGCCUCUUUCUCAGUCAGUGGCCCCAGAGCCAGAAGGACACCUGUGGUGAGGAGGGUUGCUGUGACCCAGUGGGCACCGCAUCACUGACCCUGCCGCCCAAGAAACCUGCAUGUCCAGCCGAGAAGAACUUGCUCUAUGAGUUCCUUGGGGCCACCAAGAACCCAAGUGGGCAGCCAAGACUUCGAAACAAAGUAGAAGUGGAUAGGCCAGAGCUGAAACUUAACGCACCUGUGACGGUUGCUGAUAAGAACAACCCGAAGUACACAGGGAAUGUUUUCACUCCACACUUUGCUACAGCCUUGACCUCAGCAACCCUGAACCAGCCACUCUGGCUCAACCUGAACUAUCCACCUCCACCAGUGUUCACGAAUCACUCUACCUUUCUGCAGUAUCAGGGCCUGUAUCCACAGCAGGCAGCGAGGAUGCCCUAUCAGCAGGCUUUUCACCCCCAGCUGGGAUGUUACUCCCAACAGGUGACGCCAUACAACCCACAGCAGAUGGGACAGCAGAUCUUCCGCUCUUCCUACACCCCACUACUGAGCUACAUCCCUUUUGUCCAGCCCAAUUAUCCCUACCCUCAGAGGACACCUCCAAAGAUGUCUGCCAACCCCCGAGACCCUCCCCCAAUGGCAGGAGAUGGACCACAAUACCUCUUUCCCCAAGCAUAUGGGUUCGGCUCAACAUCCGGAGGGCCCUUGAUGCACAGCCCCUAUUUUUCCUCCAGUGGGAAUGGCAUAAACUUUUAGAUCUCCUUCUCUUCCCCCUUUUCCUCCCUUAGCCCUCGGAUCACCGCUAAGGGCUUUUUGAAUUUUUGGAUUCUGCAAAAGCUUGGUAUGAAGUUUGGAAAGGCAAGGUUCUGACCAGGUCACAGACAGAAAACAGCAAGACCAGAUUCAUCUAUUGGCCAACACUGACACACAAACAGCCCCCCUCACACAUGGCACAAGCUACACACACACACACACACACACACACACACACACACACACACGCUCCUCAUAUUCAUACUUGCUUGCUCAACCACUUAUGCAUCUGUAUUUAGCUAACAUGAGUGAUUUUUGUUUUUGUUGUUGUUGGUAAAAUAGAAGUAAGACACUUAAUUUUAGAAAGUUUGUAUUUUAUGAUAAAAGUAUGAGCUGCUUGAAA